GUUGAAUAAGAUACUCGCUUAGUCGGCGCCUACCAUAAUGACUUGUCUUAUCAAUUCAACUAAUUGCUUUCACAUGCUCGUCGACCUUUACUUUGUACUCAGUAGCCUUUGAUGUCAUCAUCCACAUGAACGAUAUCAUUUCAGAAGCGAUCGACACUUUCCUUCCCAAUCGCUAAUUUCAAACUGGUGUCGAAAUUUUGCAAGUAACUUCUGGGCAUGUUUCUAUGGCGCUCAAAAGACGCCCCCGAUACGAAGACACCGGAGCAAGAAAAUGUAGAAAAAUGUUUCAUGCCAAGGUGGAACACGAAUAUGCGAAGCUACGGACCAUCUCACGCUUACGCGACAGUGCAGACAGGGAAAAAUUUAGUUUGGAUAAACGAGGAGACGUGAUGGGAGUAGAAGCACCUCAAAAUCAAGAAAAGUUCCAUGAAGGAUCACCAGCUGCAGAAACAUUGUACUAUGGUUCUGAUUUCUUUUCCUGUUGAGAAGGCAUCCGACACGUCAUCACUUUUCUGAUAUUGUGGAUUCACUUGUCUUGCACUAUGUAAAUCAGGAUUGGCUUUUGUUUUAGAACUCACUUUUCUCAUUAAUCCUGUAUUUUUCAUUCGAAACUAGUUGUAUAAGCCACUUUUAGCUGAAAAACGUCAAAUAUCAUAAAACAGUUGCGAUUUAUCUCUUCAAGUUCCUUUUUCUUACAGGUAUAUCUAGAACCAUUAUCGUGC